CAGUCAUCUCUGCUUGCUUGUCACGUUCAGAUCCAGCAGCGACGGUAUACACAAUAAUAAAGCUGAGGAAAAAAGUGGAAAGAGGAGAAAAUGGUGAACCGCAUGGGCGUUUUGCUAGUGUGGUUGAUGCUGCAGUUCAUUGGACCGACAUUGAGUCAGCCAUUUCCCAACUAUCAUGCAGACUUUGUGGACAUCGAUCACGAUGAUAAUCAGCCCAAGUGGUGGCAAGCUGGCGCCUUCUAUCAAAUCUAUCCAAGGUCAUUCAAAGAUAGCAAUAGUGAUGGCGUGGGCGACUUGAAUGGCAUUGCGGACAGCCUGCCUUAUCUGAAGGAAUUGGGUAUUUCGGCCACUUGGCUCUCGCCCAUUUUCACAUCACCGAUGGCGGAUUUUGGCUACGAUAUUGCCAACUUCACGGAGAUAGCGCCAAUCUUUGGCACCAUGUCCGAUUUUGAGCGACUGAUGAAGAUCGCCAAGAAAUUGGAUAUGAAGAUCAUAUUGGACUUUGUGCCCAAUCACUCGAGCGAUGAAUGCGACUGGUUCAAGCGAUCGGCGGCUGGUGAGGAGGACUACAAGGACUUCUAUGUGUGGCAUCCCGGGCGAAUGGUGAACGGUACUCGCUACCCGCCCAGCAAUUGGGUGAGCGUCUUUCGCGGUUCCGCCUGGCAAUGGCACGAGACCCGAAAGGAAUAUUAUCUGCAUCAGUUUCUGAAGAAGCAACCGGAUCUCAACUAUCGCAACCCCAAAGUGCGAGACACAAUGAAGAAUGUUUUGCGCUUUUGGUUGUCCAAGGGUGUGGCUGGAUUUCGCAUCGAUGCUGUGCCGAGUCUGUUCGAGAUAGCGCCCGAUGCUGAGGGUCAGUAUCGCGAUGAACCGCGCAACGAUUGGGUCAACGAUCCCGAUGAUUAUGGCUAUCUACAGCACAUUUACACUGUUGACCAGCCGGAGACAAUAGCGAUGGUGUACGAGUGGCGUGCCGUACUCGAUGAGUUCCACGAUGGCGCUGAACGCAUUUUACUGGCCGAGAGCUAUUCACCCAUCGAUAUUGAGAUGCAGUAUUACGGCAAUGCAACCGUGGAUGGUGCUCAGCUGCCGUUCAACUUUCUGCUGAUAACCGAAAUCUCAAACAAGUCGAAUGCGGAGGAUUAUGCUCGAACCAUUAACAAAUGGCUGCAGCACAUGCCAGAGGGUCGCACUGCCAACUGGGUGCUGGGCAAUCACGAUCAGUCGCGUGUGGGUUCGCGCCUGGGCUCCGAUCGCGUCGACAUGUUGAAUAUGCUGAUAACAACAUUGCCGGGUGCCAGUGUGACCUACCAAGGUGAAGAGCUGGGCAUGACAGAUGUGUGGAUAUCGUGGAAGGACACACAGGAUCCCUCGGCCUGCAAUACCAAUGCCAGCAUCUAUGAGCGAUUCUCACGCGAUCCCGAACGCACACCCUUCCAGUGGAGUGCCAGCAGUGAUGCAGGAUUCAGCAAUGCCAGCAAAACUUGGCUACCAAUUGCCCCGGAUUACAAGCUGGUCAACGUAGACCAGGAACGCCAGCAGCCCCAGAGUCACCUUAAUAUCUACAAGCAGCUGAUGCAGCUGAAAAAACAAACGAAAACGCUGCAACUGGGCAAAACGGAAGUGAAGGCCUUGUGUGGUGCUGUACUCGGUGUUAAGCGCUAUCUUCAGCAUGACUUCAUCUAUUUGACACUGAUGAAUAUCUUCGAUGACGUGGAGACAGUCAAUCUCAAGCAGAGCUUUAGUGACUUGCCAGCCCAAAUGAAAGUGGUGCUCGUAGCAGGCAACUCCAAAUUGAAAGUGGGUGAUCUCAUCGAUACCAGCUCAUUGCAAUUGCUUCCCAAGGAGUCGCUGAUUGUGAGAAGCACAACUACUUAUUACACUUACUAUACGAAUGGAGAGCUUCGCCAGCUGCCCGUUUUUGGUAUUUAUUUGCUAUUGGCUCAAGUAGCGCUCUAUCUGAGCUAUCGUCGAGCUCUUCUCACACUUAAUUGAUAGCGGGUACUCAUUUGUUUUAUUUAAUUAAUAUACUUAGAACGCUUAACCAAAUAAAUACUUAUAUACAAGCAAUGCACUCAAUGCUUAUCACUCUGUGUAUUUCGUAUAUAAGCCGCUUUCA